GGUAAUGGUAGCAAGUCAGUGUCUCUCGGUCCGCCGUCGAAGCCGGUACAUAUUCACCUCGUCGUGGUCCACGUAUGCACUCGGUCGCUUUUUCCUCGCGGUUUCGCGAUAUUUCGAAAGAGGGUCUCGAUCGAUCGUGUCCUCUCUCCGCUUGCAAGCGUUCACCUUUCGAAGAGGAACCGGCGGUCUCGUCGAUCGACCGAGGACGGGUUCUUCGAUCGAGUAGCUCUUUUUCUCUUCCGGUCAGCGAGCUCUCCCUUUCGCGAUCUCUCCCCGUUGGAACCUUUCGAUCCGACCUUUGGCGCCGUGGCUCUUCUCGCCCCUAUGAAUCUUUCAUCGGCGCUCCCUGGCUGAAAGUGUCGACGGCCCUGUGAGUCGAAAUCCUCGCCGAUUUUUACGCGUAACAGGAGCGUCUCUCGUGGACACCGCUGGAGAUCGCACGACGGCCCCCGAGGGAAUGCGCGCAAGAAACGGCCACCGCCUGGAACGAGAUUUCGUAGAUCCGCGCAACCUCCUUUCUUGGUUGCCGUAAAAAAGAAAAGAAAAGAAAAGAAAAGAAAAAAAGAAACUAGCAUGAUUUAUGAGUCGCGUCAAUCGCCGCGGCUGAUCCACGCCGCCAACUAACACGCGUCCGUCGCUCGUUCCUCGAAUCGAAUAUUGGACCGAUGGUUGCCAUCUUCGCGCUAUCUGUGCUCUGACGAACGAGGAAUCGGCCAAGAGACUCGAUAAGUGAUUACAAAGUCGAAAUGAACCUGUUCUCGUGGUACGGUUGAGGAUCAAACGCGCUGUUACUUUCGAGGUUCCGUUGCCAGGUAGCGUUAUUAGAAACUGAUAUUCCGAUAGUAUUUAGUAGUUAGAUGGUAACAAGUUGAGUGAUAUAUUUUAUUAAAACGAGAGGUGAUCAAAUUAGAAUUAUUUAACGAAUGUAAAAGCUUGUCGAAGAAUGUCACGGGGUUCGAUUAUUAAAGACUCUUGCAACGAGCAAGUGGAUAAACUCAAACGUGGUCGCGAAGUCGAAGCUACUUCGUAAAGAUAAGUCUACGAAUAAUUUGCAAUAAGUUAGAACGAUAAAUAAUAAUGGAAGAACGUCGUGAACGAUAGUUACGGAAAAGCCAGUGCCUUAAUAGUAUUUCUUCUCGCAAUAAAUCAGUGAACGAACAUAGUGAUAAAUUCAAGUUAAUGAUUGUUAAACUAUUUUCAAAGCAAACCUAUUUGAUAAAAGAUCUCGAAACAACUUGACUUCGAAGACAACGCAGACAACGAUCGCGGAGUUACAUUUGUCCUUCGAAUCGCCGUCGCAAGUGCAAUUACGAGAGAAACCUGCCUGUUGAAGAAAUUAUUAUUAUUAUUAUCAGUGACUCGGGUUAGGCCAGGAUUUUGCUUCGCGACGACGCAAUAUACGAAGACAAACGCUGAUCGUAAAUCUGAAAUCGUGCUCACGAGCCUAAUUAAAAAGCGAACUUGUCCAUUGAAGAACGUCUCGAAUUACCAUGAUCGAAGACACGUGUCUCAACAGUGAUUUCUUUGCAACGAAUCGAUGAAUGCACUCAGGUUAUCGUUAUCGCGUUAGUUAUAUUUACUUCUUAAACCGUCCUCGCAAGUCCGGCUUAUUUACGAAAAAAUUCCUCCGACGAAUACCAUCAAACGAUUCGCGAUCGACGAAAUAAUCAACGAACAAUAAUCGCAAACUUGAAUCUAUUUUUAAAUCACCCUCGUAAUUUUCUAACGAAAAUCCGCUUACCCUAGAACAUCUCGAGUUAACGAUAUCAAGAGCGAAUUAAUAUCUCAACAGUGUUGGCGUCCGCCACGAAUUAACGAACAAAUCGAGACGGUGAUCUCACAACUCCAUCGAAAUCGCGUCGAAUCGCUAUCGAAAUUUUCGCGCUGCUUGCAACGAGCCAGCGUGCAAACUCGAGCGUUAAUAGCAAAAUAAAAAGUCACUCGAAUCGUCGUUACAACUUGUAUCCAAGAAAUCAGCAAACUAUCAGAAACUGUGAAAAUAUCGAGAGAGAAAUAUCAGCAAGAUCAAUCGUACCAGCCGAAAUCGCGUCAAAAGAGAAGAUCCAUCGCGCGUUCAGCAAGCGCACCCUUGUUCUCCAGUCCGCUUAUCAAGGUCGACAUUCUCGAAGCCGAUCCAUUGCUCGGAGAUGACAGCGUGAUGAUAGAGGCGCGGAGGAACGUGCCGGUGCUUCCUGUGAGCAUGGGGUAGAAAUGUACCCCGGAAGGUCAGCGUGGACCCGGGGCGUCCUGGCCCUCGGAGUAGGGGCCCUGUUUCUGCUGGCAUGGCGGAUCGACACGGCCGGCGACGCGUUGUCUACGUCCACGCCGAUCGAUUCGGACAGGAACUAUUUCAGCGUGGCUCCCGAUCGAGCAGUCGGCGCGACAUCCACGGGAAAAAAGAGGAACGGCCGAGCGACGGGCCGGGAAUCGAGGGGCAGGAUCGACAGGCUUCCAGCCAGGAUUAUUCAGCGACCGACCAAGAAACGCGGACCCCGACCGACGUCCAUCGGAAUGCCGAACCUGACAGGGAACACGAGGCCGGCUAUUCGGAGGAGAUCUCGCUUCCGUGGUCGGAUCCUCGAAGAAACGAACGUCCGAAGAGUUAUUUGCGCGGAACGUCGCGUCCGACGAGAGAUUUCGCGACAACCGAUGGAGAAUCGGCGACGAGCUUCGCGGAAUCGUCGGAUUUCGUGGGAAGCGACGCGUCGGGAAGUUACACGGUCGAUAAGUCGCCUGUAAGAAAUUUGGAGAGCGGCGAUGGAAAGAACGAGGUAGACGGAGAAGCUACGAGUUUUUCGAUCGCGAGUUCACUCGCACCGCGGAAUGUGGUGAAAAACGAUGGUGACGCUGAUAGGAAAUCCAAGAGUCACGUGGUGGAACCGAGCAGAAGUACAGAGGACGAAGGUAAUUCUAGAUCAGCGGCUUAUUCUAUCGAGAAGCCGCUUCCGUCGUCCAACUUCGACAAAAAUGAUCUCGUAGAAAACGCAGAAGGCAAUCGCGUGUCGAUAGAUGGUUUAACAAGAAGCUCGUUUCUAUGGUGGAAUGUUGAAAGGAAUGAUAAAAAUGACGGUGGAUCGAAGAGUUAUUUGGUUGAAAGGUUACAUCCGUCGUGGAGUUUCGUGAGAAAUGAUCGGAGAAACGACGAUCGAAAGUUGGUAAGUUAUUCGGUGCCAAGUUCCUUUCCAAUAUGGCAUGUGAAAAGGAAUGACGGCGAAUCAAAGAAUUACGCGGUGGACAGCUCGCUUCCGUCGUGGAGACUAGAGAAAAAAUAUGGGAUAAAAGAUGAACACGAUGGUGGUUUAACGAGUUACGCGGUGGAAAAGUCAUUUCCGCUAUUGGCUUCUGAAAGAAGCGAUUACAUCGGCAAUGAGAAUAAUGGCGCGUUGACGAGUUAUUUGGAUGAAUCUCUUUCGUUGCAGAACCUGAGGAAAAACACGGGAAACGAAGAUAAUUACGGAUUGAUGUAUUUCACGGGAAAUCCUAUGGUUUCUGUAGAAAAUGAAGAUAAUUACGAAUCUAUAAGCGAUCCGUGGAACGGCGCAAUUUCAUCGCGGGAUUUAAAAGAAGAAACCGAUAACGCGUACGAUAAGGGUAAUGGAAAAUCAAUUAAUCGCGGUGUAAAAGUGUCAUUAACUCGCGAGGGAAACGAUCGUUCGUACAACGAUUAUACAUCGACAGGCUAUUCUCGUGAAAAUUCGCUUCUUCCAUCGGAUUCUAAAAAGAUCGAUCUGAUAGAAAAUAAGCGUGGACCGGUGUACGGCUCAAUUACGAGGAAAAGCGAAAAUUAUUGGAAUAAAAACUCCCUUCGGUUAUCGAAUGCUGAAAAGAUCGAGCUCAUAGAAAAUAGCCGCAGACCGAGGAAGAUCUCAAUUACAAAGAGGGGCGAUCUCGCGUCGUUGAAAGAUCCAAAGAGACGAACGAACGAUAAUGAUGAGGCGAAUUAUACGAUGUUUAGGAGCGAGGAAGCUAGGAACACGAGCGAGCAGGAUGAGACUCGGUUUUCGAAGGAUGACGAAGAGACCCGCGACGCGUUCAAUGGCUCGGCUGUCGGUGAAAGGAGCGACGUUAAAGAGAAUUUGUCGCACCGAGUGAAUGGGCAAUCGAUGAAUGAAGUCGGGAAGAGUUUGGGGCGAAGUUACUACUCGGACGCGGGCAACAGCCUUUCGCUAACCUUGCACGGGCAACGCGGUGAAAACGAUGACGAAAUCCAUGGUCUGGCAAAAAUGGAAAGUACUGCUAUCUCCACGCGAUAUUCUCACUCCCUGCAGAGCGAAUUAAACCACGAAUUAACCUCCGUAAGCGACGUCGAAAGCCGGACGCAACGAAAACUUCUUUCGUACGAUGUAUCGUCUUCGGCUUCUAAAUCGAACGAGAAAAAAGAAAUUCUUUCGAAUAUAAAUAACGAAGAUCCUCGUCAUCGAAAUGACCGAUCAAUCUCGACGGAAUCUCGAUUCGACCGGAGGGUCGAAAGGAAGCUAAACGUCGGAUUCUCGGACGAGCUCGUCGGUGAUUUCCAUAAUUCCGACCAGCUAUCCGACUUUGAAAAGGCAGACAGGGAAGAAGAAUAUAAACGAGACGAGGAAUCGAUCUCGGGAUCGGCCGAUUCCUCCCGAGCCAAGCCGCCUGUUCUCGCUGGAAUGCAGAAGGACCGUGUGCUUUUUUUUCGCGAGGAUCACGGGCCGACUCGAUCUUCCGCAAAGACGUCCGAGACGUUCAGAAGCCGUAAAGGUCGAACAGUGGAACGGAAUCGCGAGAACAUCCUUGAAAGAGGAACGCGCGAGACGAGAUCUCGCGAUCGAUCGCCUCCGGCCACCGAUCCUUCCGUGGAUUUUCGUGAGAUGGACGCGGCGCAAGGUUACGCCGAGACACUCGCCGGAUACGAAAUAACGGAUCGUCGAGAUCGCCACGAUGCGAACGUUCGUGAAGCCGGUCCUGCUUCCUCUCCGCUUCGUGGAAGCGGCCAAUUGUUUGACGAACAGAUAACGAUGGUCCCUCCGGUGACCGAUAAGUCGAACGCGGUGCAAGAAUCGGCAGGCGAAAAGACUUUCGGUAAAUUGAAUUUACGCGAUGAUUUCGCGGAUGUACGAAAGGAUGGAAGGAGAUUGGAGUGGGCAGACGGGAUGUUGUUUGAUACGAAUAAAGUGCAACAGUUGGCGGACGAACAGGUAGAUAGGAAUAUUCUCAGCGGAAAAUUCUUCGGUCCGAGCGAAACGCCAUGGUUCGAGGGUAAAAACGUAUCCGAACGAUUAAAUUCGCACGGCGACUCGUGGAACGAUCGAAGAUUCGAAGUGGAUUCGAGAGAUGGAAGAUCGUAUAGUUUCUUGGAACUAAGACAAUCCGAGAAGGAUGAAACGUCGCAAAAAUUUUCAAACGUUCGAGGACUUGCAACUAGAUCGCCAGAUACGAAAUCGUCGGAUUCUACGGUUACGAUACAAAAUCUUGGAAGGAAAGACGAAUCCGAAGAAUCGAAUUUGCUUAAUGAGCUUUCGAAGGAUGAAAAAUUUGGCACGAAAGUCGCGACCAAAGAUCAGCAAUUAUCUUCAUCGUUCUUUCGGAAGGAUGAUUUGCACCGUGAGAAACAGUCGAUUAUUCGUCGAAAGAGAUACACGAAUUACUAUUCACCGCAGUCUGCCACCCCCAUGGCAUACGUGCACAUUCAACCGGCGUAUCCGGUACCAACGGCACCAGCUGCGAACCGGAAGUGCGUACAGUGUAUGUUUGUUUACAAACCGUGUUCUUCGCCACCUAGACCUCCACCAUUUAAGAAUGCUUUUCCGACGAAUAAGUAUCAGGAUUUGGCUCUAAACUGGCAUGGACUUAAAUACGGGUGUCGAUGUAAUCCUAUUGGUUCGAUAACCACUGCGUGCGACAUCGUAACAGGACAAUGCCAAUGCAAGCCCCAUGUGACUGGCAGACAAUGCGAUCAAUGUAUGAUUGGUUUCUGGGGUUUGCCAACGGGAGCAGGAUGCGCUCCUUGUGGUUGCGAUCCUAUAGGAGCGUAUAAUUCUUCCUGUCACGAUAGUAUUGGACAAUGCUACUGUAAACCAGGAGUGGGUGGCACACGUUGCGAUGUUUGUCUACCUGGAUAUUAUGGAUACUCAUCAAACGGAUGUCAAGUUUGCGAUUCGUGUGUGCGACCAGGUCACGUUUGUGAUCCUGACACGGGUCGCUGUGUGUGUCCAACCUUGACUUUCGGUGAACAUUGCGACAGAUGCAGAUCAGGUUCCUGGGACUUGGUCCCAGGAGUUGGUUGCAGGCCCUGUGCGUGCACCCUUGGUUCCAUGAAACCUCAGUGCGACCAUCAAGGGCAAUGUCCUUGUAGAAUCGGCUACGAUGGUCUUAGGUGUGAGAAAUGCGCGAAAGGUUACUAUGGUUAUCCUAGGUGUCGACCUUGUAGCUGCAACGUAGCGGGUACCUUGCAGUGUGAUGAUGAAACUUGCGAUUGCAAUGAUAAAGGGCAGUGUCCUUGCAAGGAAUACGUGGUCGGAAGGCAGUGUGGUCAAUGCAAAGAAGGUACGUUCGGUUUAGCACUGGACAAUCCGAAAGGUUGCACCGAAUGUUUUUGUUUCGGAAGAACGACCUCCUGUCAACAAGCUGGUCUUAGUUGGGGGCAGAGGAGAUUGACACGACCACGAACUCUUCACGUCAAUGACACUAUCAAUGAUAUAAUAGUUUCUAAAUUUAGAUCACGAGUGUUUUUAUCUCCUAUUAACGGUGGUUUAAACAUGACCAAUGGACUUUCGACGAUCCCUGAUACUGGAGGUGAUGUGACGAUACCAUCGCAUUUGUAUUAUAAUUAUCCUCUCUAUUGGAUGCUACCCGAAUCUUUUCUUGGUGAUAAGGUUGUAUCCUACGGAGGAUUUUUAAGAUUCACAACUUCGACAGAAGGUGGAAUACCUUUAAGAUCAACUUUUCAAUAUCCGAUCGUGCAACUGCAAGGAAACCGUAAAAUUGUCUUAGAAUACUAUUUACCCGUACCUUCGGAUAGCAAUCAUUACGAAGUCAGAUUUCACGAGUCCCUAUGGCAAUUACAAAAUAGGCCAGACUAUAAAGUCACGAGAGAGGUUCUUAUGGUUGCUUUGCAAAAUUUGCAAUACAUUCUGGUAAAAGCCUCCGAUAAUGCGGAAUUUACAAGAACGACCUUGCACGAGGCUUCUAUAGACGCUGCAGUUUUAACGCCCAUGCAUAUACCGCAACUUGCAACCGGUGUCGAGAUUUGCAAAUGCCCCCCGAAAUAUAACAGCACGUCCUGUCAAGAUCCAAGUAUCGGACACUAUCGAUGGUACAACAACACAACCGUCACAUCGACCAUUGUUAUCAACCUUAUUGGAGAAGCAAUACCUUGCCAGUGUAACGGAAGAUCUGAUAUUUGCGAUAUAGAAACAGGGCAUUGCUUGAAUUGCCGAGAGAAUACCGCAGGACCAAGAUGCGAUAUUUGCUCAGACAGUUUCUACGGCCAUCCAGACUUUGGCUGUAAACCGUGUCCUUGCCCACAAGCAGAUAAAAGAUUCUCAAAUACUUGCAUGGUUCUUGCCAAUACGGAAGCAAUUUGUGUUUGCAAACCUGGUUACACCGGUAGAAAAUGCGAACGGUGUUCUUCCGGAUAUUAUGGAUUCCCUCACCUUCCUGGUGGCAAAUGUAUACCGUGCAAUUGCAACCCCGCUGGAAGUUUGAACGAUGAAUGUGAUACGGAAACAGGACAAUGUAGGUGCAGAGCUGGUUCUACGGGUCGUGAUUGCUCUGAAUGUACUGCGUAUCGUCACGUCUAUAUAAAUAACGUUUGCACGUCGUGCAACGAUAAUUGUACCGGUAUACUGCUCGACACUGUGGCUGCACUUUCGCAAGAAUUAGCAGAAAGCACCACUCAUAUAGCCAAUGGUUAUAUUCCUCCUCCAUGGGAAGAUUUGUCUUACAUUGACUCCAACAUAACAACGUUUCUAGAUAAAAUAAACCUUCGAAAUAGACUGAGGCAAAGAAUGAGAGAUGUACCCUGGCAUGAGUAUAGAAAUCUUAUGAAAUACCUUGAAAUGUUGCUCAGAACUGCGAACGAACGCGCUCUGCGCGCAGAUACUGUUAAAUCAAAGACCAGUGAUUUAGAAAAUAACAUAUUUAGCGCAAAGAUCGAAGCGGAAAAUCUGCGAAAAUAUAUAGAAGAUACAAUUACGUUGUUGAAUCAAUAUACAAAUGAGAACAAAAGAAUAGAAAUAAAAAAAGCAUUGAACACAGCAAAAAUGAUUUUGAACGGUAUAAAAGAACUAAAUCUAGCAAAGAAGACAAUGGAAAUAGAACGUUUUCUCGAGGACGUCGCAGAAUACACCGAUUGGUUAAAUUCCUUGUACGAUGCAACAGGGCCAUUAGCAACCGCUCAAAACAAUGCUGAAGAAUAUUCUAUCAAACUAACUGACAUGCGGAACAUCAUAGAAAACGCGAUGGAAACGCUGUUCACAUACGAUGGUUUAUACAACAAUAUUAAUCAAACAUAUCAGGAAGCCAAAAAUUACUGUAGCGAGAUCGACAUGUUACGGAGCACAAUUAAUGCGUCUCUUACCGAGGGGGAAAAGCUGAUUGAUGAAACGCGUAGUUUUAUCGUCAAUUUUCGAAAUAAUGUUCAAGACCUUCCGGAACUGCGAAACAAAUUAACAUACUGGUUUGAUAAAUUGAGUAUGAAAGAAGAACUACUGUAUAGAUUAAAUUACGAAUAUAACGACACGUACGUGAUACCCGCGAUUGCACAUGUGAAGAAUUUAUCGAACUACGUUGAUCAGUAUGUCAGUCUGUUUUCCGAGACAAAAAACAUCGCAGCUAGCCCGCUGAAGGCCAGUCAAGCAUACAAGAAUAUCGUCGAUAACAUAAGAACUGCAAAUAUAACAGCAACGGCAGCUAAAGAUAUUUCUGAAGACACGUACAAUAAGAUAUUUCCCGAUGGCCCAAAAUCAAAAUCGCUGUUGGAUAGCGCUAAAGAAAUAUUGCUGGCAUCGUCCAAGCAGCAAAAUAGUGCAAACAGACAUGGAAAGUUAGUACAAAACGCGAGCGAUGGAUUGGAAUUGCAAAAGGAAGCUGUGAACAUUUUGAAAAAUACUCUCAAUAGUACUGGAAUUAGGGAUAAUCAAGUCAAUAUAAAAUUGCAAACAUUGCAAGAUGACAGUAAGAAAUUGCGUGAAAAUGUUGAAAAUAUAUUAAACGACAACGAGAAGGUGUUAGAAAGUAUUAAAACCUCGCAAAAACUUAUUGGAGAUUACAAAGAAGGGAUUGCUAAUAUAUUAAAACCAAAAUUGUACGAUUUAAAAAGAGAAGGCGAUUCCGAAAUCAGUUUAGCCAGCGAAAAAUUGACAGAAGCACUGAGUAACAUGAAAAAAGCAGAUGCAAAAUUAAUAAGUUUAUCAAAUGCCGCGGUAAAAAGGAAAAAUGAAUUUGAUAAAUGGAACGAUACGUUGACUACAAAAUUACAGAAUCUCAAAGACAAAAUCGCAGAAGCUAGAAACACCGCUGACGGAAUUCGCGUUUCUUUAAAAUCAGCAGAAGGAAAAGAAUGCAGCCGAUCCUACAGACCAUCCACAUUACAGCCAUCAUCAAUGAAUUCGAUUAUCAUGACCUUUGCACUUCCAAAAGGGAAAAAGGAAGGCCCCCUAUUUUAUUUGCCAAGUAGCAUAAAUGAUGAUUUCCUUGCCCUGGAGAUCAUUGACAGAAGAGUGAGAUUUAUGUGGAAUGUUGGAGGAGGAACAGGUAUUCUUACACACCCUGAAGUGAUACAAAGUGGCGAUCUUCUAGAUGAUAGAUUCUGGUAUCGUAUUGAAGCUGAAAGGGUUCGUCACUUGGGCAAAUUAUAUGUACGAAAACAAGCGUCGACAACCAAAGAACAUCCACCCAUAAAGAAUUCGACGGACUCUGAAUACGGCCGCUUUGAUAUUACCAGUUCAGAUCGUGUUUGGAUAGGAAAAAUUCCCAUAACAGAACGUAGAAGAACCGAGCUCAUUGCGUCUAAUGGUCUUCCAGCAUGUGUACACCAAGUUAUUCUAGAUGGAAAGCCUAUAGGUCUUUGGAAUUUCAUUACAACUGCGCCAGAUAUGGCCUGUGAAGCAUGUGUGGAAGGAGUGGAAGAUGUCAAGGAUGAUAUAGCAUACAGUUUCAAUGGAGAAGGAUAUGCGGUCAGAAACAGGGUUUCUUCAGGACCAUAUAAUAAAUAUUCGUUUGGAGUAUCGAUUAGUUUCCGAACUUACGACGAGAAUGCGUUGCUAUUUUUGGCAAUUAAUCCAGACAACAACCAACACAUCAUGAUAUUCCUGCGAGAAGGAAAAGUGAUCCUGCACAUUGGUUACGGUGGUAAUGUUAGCAUGGAGAUGUCCUCAAACUUUAAGUAUAACAACGGAAACUGGACAAAAGUGGAUGCAUUUAGAUAUUAUCAAUUACGUAAAACGGUUGAAAAAUGUAGCUUGAGUGUAGGAGGAGAAAACGAUAAGAGGAUAGGCGCACCUACACCUCAACCCAAAAAAGAGGACAUCCCUGAUUUCAUUCAGGCUAAAUAUUAUAUCGGUGGUGUUCCACCAAGUUUUCGCGCGGAAAAACUAAUCCUGCCGUCUCAAGUUUCCUUCUUUGGCUGUAUGUCUAAUAUCAUCGUUGAAGAGGGCUAUGAUCCAAUGGCAGAACAGUAUCAUGGCGUCGAGCCUACCUGUGCAAAUAAGCCAUUAAGGAUCGUAGGAUUUUACGGAGAUGGGUAUUUACAACAUGUAUCAUACACACUGCGUAAAAUAAACUCCACGAUGAGUUUCUCUUUUAGAACAAUGCAGGAAAACGCUGUACUCCUUCUUUCUACAUUCGAAGGACAAGAAGAACGUAUGCCUCCUAUACGACACAUGAACGACGACUCAAUUAAAAAAAGUUACUAUUCCAUAUGCAUAAUCAAUGGGCAAGUGCAAGUGCGUUUAAAUGCUGGAAGAGGGGAGCUCACUUUACAAUCGAAUGACACUUUUAAUGACGGGAGAUAUCACUCAGUAACAGUAAUUAAAAGACGAAAAGAUAUCGAAUUGCGAAUAGACGACGCUUAUCAGAGCGCAGGUAAAUUACCCACCAGUGCGGCUAUUAAAGCUCCUGAAGAAAGUGGAGGACUAUUCUUCGGAGGUUUGCCAGUGCUUAUUAACAAUACCAACAUGAUUUCCACCACCACGCCUUUGUAUGGAACGAUUAAAGACGCGAUAUUUAAUGACGACAUUGUUCGUUUUGAUGAAGCCAUUAGUUUUGAACAUGCAUUAAUUGGUCGUUCCGGACCAAGCAUGGGAAAAGACCCUCCUACGUAUACACCAUCAGCAUCACUGUCAAGGGGAAUGUCUACCCAACCGGAAGGGUGUCAAAAAGUGCCGUAUUAUUCUUUGGAAGCUGGUGCCCUCAAAUUUGGAGACAAACCAAACAGUCACACGCAACUUUAUCUAAAUUUUAAAAAAUUUUGGGAGAAGAAGUAUGCGAUAGAAUUUGAUUUCAGGACAUACUAUCCAAAUGGACUGCUGUUUAUUACUCCAGGCCUUAGACCAAAACACUAUCUCAUGGUCGUGAUACGAGAUGGACAGCUUUUACUCUUGGUGAAAAGCAAGCAGAAGAAAGAAAUACUGUUUAAAACACCGUUUAAUGACGGUAAUUGGCAUCAUGUAGUGAUCAGUCAUGACGAGCGGAAGUUGACAUUGCUCGUGGAUUCUCAAACACCACGCACGAUUAAAGUGCCAAGAAAAAUUGGACUAGCUUCUAUGAUGUAUAUUGGAGGCCUGCCUGAAAGUGGAACACCCAUACCUGAACAAGUCGUAGUUAAACUUGAAACCCUCAAAGGUUGUAUCAGAGGAUUGAGGAUCAAUGGCAACGUGUAUGAUAUGGUUGGUUCUACGAGUAGGGCCUAUCAAGUGGGACAGUGUUUCCCAAAUGUUGAAAGUGGAGCUUAUUUCCAGGAUGAAGCAUAUGCCAUAUACAAGCGGAACUUUGAAUUAGGUGCUGUACUCGAACUUCAGUUGGAAUUUAGAACAUCAGAAUUGUCGGGUGUUUUGCUUUCUAUAACGGCACCCGGCAAUUCGCCUUCAUUAUCAUUAGAGCUGAAUAAUGGUAAAGUGAUUAUGUCGGGUGAUCUAGGAGAUAACAAUCCGUUAUAUGUAGAGCAACGUUUCAAUAGUCCAUACACGAUCUGUGACAAUCGGUGGCACAGAAUACAAGCAGUUUAUAACGACGAAGAAUUGGCACUGAAAGUCGAUGAGUUGGAUCAGAAGUAUGGUCUUCCAGCUAACGUCAAUUAUCAUAUAAUGGAUGCUACAGUUUCUCGCCCUCUAUACAUUGGUGGUUUGCCAGCCUCUGCUCCAAAAGGAACAUUAAUAACAAGGGAUCAUUUCAACGGAUGUAUAAGAAAUGUAAUGAUAGGGGGAGAAAGACGAGAUUGGACAGACAUGGAUGAAUUGCACAAUAUUCACUUGAGCUCCUGCCCAGUACAAUGAUAAUCAGUACAAUGUGUGAACUCCUCUGAGUCAUUUAAUUUUGUUCCAAAGACUGUUCAAAGGACGCACAAUGCUCGAAAGGUUUCUAUGAACUGUGUUCAAUACAAUUUCACACUGGGAUCAAGUGCCAUAUCAUGAUGGAAAUUCUUUAAUCAUUAAGACAUAAGGUUAAACGAAGCCAAGAGAUGCUAGCAUGCACACGCAUGAAGUUUACAUUGAUGUUUCUCAAACUUGUUUUUAUUAUUUUAAAGUUCUACGAUAACAAAUUUUUAUACAAUAUUAAUGAAACUUCCUUAUUCUUUUAUAUGUAUCUCUUUCUGAUAUAUUUAUAUAAAAAGUAUGUUCAGAAAAAAUGAUAUAUAAUGAAUAUAAUGUGAAAAAAAUAAGCUAAUAUUUAUAAUUUGUACAUAACAGAUUUUACAUUUACCUAAUUCAACUAAAAUUUUCUUAAAUAAAUUUUUACCAUAUAUAAAAAAAAAUAAACAACUUUCUCAACAUAUACCAAAAAAAUUUAACUUAAUUUAUAUGUAUACUAUUUGAUAAAUCAAUGUUGAAUCACUAAUUAAUUAUUAUUUAAGCAUUUAUUUUGGAAAUUAUUAACA